AUGUAUAGACCAGGGGAAACGGUCAAACGUCGACUCAACAUGCAUGCUCCUCCUCGGAUAAGAAGUGUGGAAGUUGCUAGAGGAAGAGCAGGUUAUGGGUUUACCCUUUCUGGACAAGCUCCUUGUGUUCUUAGUUGUGUUAUGAAAGGAAGUCCUGCAGAUUAUGUUGGACUUAAAGCAGGAGAUCAGAUAUUUGCAGUUAAUGAAAUCAAUGUGAAAAAAGCCUCUCAUGAAGAUGUAGUGAAGCUUAUAGGAAAAUGUUCUGGAGUCCUGCACAUGGUCAUUGCUGAAGGGAUUAGUCAUAUAGAUUCAUGUUCAAGUGAUGAAGAAGUUGGUUUUUAUGAUGGAAAGGGGUGGCUGAAACCCAAACCUGACUCUAAAGCUCUGGGUAUAAACAGAGCAGAGAAAGUUGUUGAAGAAAUGCAGUCUGGUGGCAUUUUCAACAUGAUCUUUGAGAAUCCUACACUUUGUGCUGGUAGCUCAGAUAAUUCUGUACCAAAACAAAGAUCAUUUUCAGAUUCUGCUGCUGUUAAAUUUGAAACUGGAAAUGAAAGUGCAAGCAAUCCAAACCUACUGUCAAAGGAAGAAAUAUCCAAAGUCCUGAAUGAUGAUUCAGUUUUUAGAAUUGGGCUGGAGAGUGCAGAAGACUUUGCAUUAGAUGCAAGCAUUUUAAACGUUGCCAUGAUUGUGGGUUACCUAGGCUCAAUUGAACUUCCUUCGACAACCUCAAAUUUGGAAAAUGAGAGUUUGCAGGCUAUUCGUGGAUGCAUGAGACGUCUGCGGGCAGAACAAAAAAUCCAUUCACUAGUGAUGAUGAAGAUAAUGCAUGACUGUAUUCAGCUCUGCAGUGACAAAUCAGGUGUAGUGGCAGAAUAUCCUGCAGAAAAACUGGCAUUCAGUGCUGUUUGCCCAGAUGAUAGAAGAUUCUUUGGACUAGUUACGAUGCAGACAAACGAUGAUGCAAGCUUGGCUCAGGAAGAUGAAGGGGUUCUGAGGACAUCUUGCCAUGUUUUUAUGGUGGAUCCUGAAUUAUUUCAUCAUAAAAUUCACCAGGGCAUAGCAAGACGUUUUGGACUGGAAUGUACAGCAGAUCCAGACACAAAUGGCUGUCUGGAGUUUCCAACAUCAUCUCUACCUGUUCUUCAGUUUAUUUCUGUCCUGUAUAGGGAUAUGGGGGAAUUGAUUGAGGGAAUGCGUGCAAGGGCUUUUCUUGAUGGUGAUGCAGAUGCUCAUCAGAAUAAUAGUACAAGCAGUAACAGUGAUAGUGGAAUUGGAAAUUUUAACCAAGAAGAAAAGAGUAAUAGAGUUCUGGUGGUUGAUUUAGGGAGCAAUCCGAGUAAACACAUUCCUAACAGCAUAUGGGAAAAUCCAGUAGGAAGGGGACAAAAUCAGCCUGCUUCCCAUUGGAAUGGCUUCUGUCAUGAACAAGAAGGAAACAUUCCUUUAGAAGUAAUUCAGAAUGAUAAGUCCCAAAAUGUUAGCAAACACUUAAGUCCUUCUGCUCGUAUUGAAGUUCCACUGGUUUCCUCCCGAAAUUCAGUACCCCCAUCAAAGAAAAAUGCUGCAGGCAUAGGCAAUCAAAGGUGGUUGCCUGUGCAUGUUUUACAAGAAUGGCAGCAUGGAAAUGCUAGCGACCAGGAGUCUUACACUGAUUCUACAGAUGGCUGGUCAAGUGUUAACUGUGGAACUCUUCCCCCACCAAUGAAUAAGAUUCCAGCUGACAGAUACAGAGUCGAUGGCAGCUUUGGUCAACCGCAGUUAAAAUCUCAUAAAAAUGAAUGGUCUAAGAAGAUGUUUUGCAUGCAGAACAAAUUUGGCCCUCCGCACAGUAUUAGGAAGUCUAAAGAAGAUAAAAAGGGUGCAAAAUUUGGACAUCCAAUGGGAUUAAAUCAGGUUCCUCCCCCGCGUUCUUCUGUUCGAAGAUCAUUUGGAAGAUCUAAGCGAUUUAGUAUUACUCGUUCUCUGGAUGACCUUGAGUCGAGGACGGACAUUGCUUCUCCUUCACUGCGGGACUAUGGAUUGUAUGGUCGGCGCAGGAAGCUGCGUUGCCUCUCACUUGAUGUGAGCUUGCUUGUUUGUACAGCGAAGGGCUUUGCACACCAUGACUGUGGUAUCUCCCAGCGCGGCGUACCUGCUGUGGGCUCUGGGAGCAUUUACUGUUCGUGCAUGUACUGUUCGUGCUACAGCUGCCCGAGGGAGAGGGCACCUGCAGCCUUCCUGCUUAGAGCUUCUGCUGCACAGCAGAUCGCCCGUGCAAUUCCCGGUGGGAAUGAGGAACCGGGUGACUGGUUUCAUGUCGCUGUUCCUGCCCUCCCUCGUCUGCUCUUCCUGUUGCCUGGUACGUCGUCUUGUCGUGGCACAUGCUAA